AUGAAACUGGCUCUGUUCAAACUCCUUUCCUAUUUCUUCAUGCCCCCAACCCACCCGCUAUGUUACAAUAGACCUAAAUUCGAUACGCACCCGCCCGAAGCACUAAAAUCGAAAGUCCACACGAAAUCUUCACGGGUCAUGAAAAGCACACCGACAAUCACUACUACCAUAGUAACACCAAAGAUCACGCCGACCGAUACACCAACUGACAUAAAUGCCGAAUCAGUACCAUCAUCGCCUGCAAGUGUGGCAACUAUUGUGAGCGAUGAAGCUGUCGUUCCCAGAAGAAGGAAAAAUCCGCAUCCGAUGCGUUCGCCAGAUAAAGUGAAAGACAACGGAGCGGUAUAUGGCAAGUGUAUCAUAUACGAAAUUUAUGAGAGUAAUCCGCUAGCGCUCUUAGACAGGAAGGAAGAAAUCAACAAGAACCUGACAACCAUCCCAACUAGCGUAACGACGAGAUCGGCUAAAAGGAAAGUAAGGGUUGGACGAAAGAAAGAACACAAGAAAGUAUGA